AUGAACAGGCUGUGUCUGCUGUUCUGCGUUCUGGUCUUCCUGUGUGUGUGCGGCAUGACGCACCUGUGGCAGGCGACCAGCUCGGUCGUGGAGUUUGUUCCCAAGACCCAGAUUCACAAGCAGGCAUACGAGCUCCAGGGCUACAACUACAGCGGGCCAAAGAAAAACAUCGUCGUCCUUUUAGCCUACUACCCCGACAGCUGGUUCGAGGAGAAGAGUGUGGAGGAGCGCGACAUGAUCAUGACCAACCGCAAGUGCUACAGCGCCAUGCACAACUACACAUUCGUGGUGGGCUCUGACAUCGAGGUGAGCCACGGCUACUGGGCCAAGCUGGUGCACACGCACAGGCUCCUCAACUCGCCCCAGACACCCCAACUGGACUGGGUCUUCUUCGCCGACGCCGACUUCUUCAUCACCAACUUCGACCGACCACUCGAGAGCUACAUUCCCACCGACGACGACUACCACAUCAUCGUGCCGCAGGAUGCUCCUGGGCGAAGAGACUUCUCCAACUUUAACUUCCUCAUCAAGAACUCAGACGUCGCGAUGUGGCGAUCCAUCCUGCGAUUACUGGACUCGUACCGCGGCACUGACUGUGAACAGGCUCCCGACCAGUGUUGCCGUACGAUAUGCCACGGCAGCCAGUCCGAAUGCUUCAAGGCCCACCUCGACGCCAUGGGGUGUGGACCCAACCAGAGCUGCCCACCACUCCACUUCAGCCACGCCAGCAGGGGACUCGGUUUCGCAACCGUCGUAGACUCUCCCUGGGACAUCACACAGCUCCGCCAACCACUGGGGAUCCACUGCAAGCCGCACUACCCAACCUGCCGAGCCUACCAGUCUUUCUUCCAUCGAAAACCUGGCGGACAGUGCUCCAUCUUCUCAGAAGCAGAAUAA